AUCUGGGGUACUGUAAACGUAGGUACUAUUAUUAUCAGCAAGUAUUUCGCACGGCUCACUUCACAUUCUUUUUCCCGUGGAUUACGCCCAAAAAGAAUAGUGUUUUUCAAGGGUAGAACAUCAUAAAAAUCCAUUUUACAGACAUUUCCCGAAAAAUGGCUUUGUUCAAAAUGAGUUUAGUGUUCGUGCUAGUGUUUUGUGGGAUUGCAUUCUCCAAAGCACAAGAUUUGGAACUUCUUGACCAAGAAUUCAACAUAUGGGCCCCCGAAGAACCCGAGGCAGCUUACGAAGCUCAACUAGCCCUACAAACGCUUUGCGAAAACUACAACUUUGUUGUUGACAGUCGACAAAUUGACUGUUCAAACAUCCUACUGACAGCUCGACCGAAAGAUGCCGAAUAUGUGCAUUCGAUCAGCAGAAGAGACGCUGAAGAGCCUGAAGAAGGAUCUGGCAAUGAACCUGCCAUAGAAAGUGAAGCUCAACCUGAAUCAAACCAAAACGAAGCCGAAAAAUCAGAGGAGGCUGCUGUUGGAGGAAGUAUACUUUCAGCUAGAGAACCAAGUCCAGAUGCACCACAUGAAGACAACGCAAAUGAUACUGGCGCGGUAGAGGACGAGGAAGAACCCAAGAACCCAGAUGUUGCUCCUGAAGCAAGCCAAAACAACACUGCAAAGCCAGAAGAAGUACCCAACGUUGAAGCUGAAGAGAAACCACAGGAACAAUAUGAAGAUAAAGUUGAAGAACCUGCUCCAGAAGAAAAUGAAGAUAAUAAAAACGUAGAAGAAAAUCCAGAAAAACCAGAAGAACCCGUACAAGAAACCGAAGAUAGUAAAAACGAUGAGAGUGAAGUAAAAGAACAGAACAAAGAAGACUCUGAAGCAGCUGCAGCAGAAAAAGAAGCUGCAAAAGCCGAAGCCAUCCCUGUAAAUACAGCUUCUGGCAACAACCAGGAAGGCUCAGUUGAAAAAGUACUACCCAGCGACCUUGCUGAAGUAAACGGUACCCACACUAAAGAAGACAUCAUUGAAGAACAAUCCGCCAAUGCAGCUCUUUUAAAACCUGUACAAGAAACCCCUUCAAAUGGAGUAGAAGUCAGUGAAAGUGAAAAGGCAGUAAGAAAGUUAGCAGAAAAAGCAAACGAGGAAGUUCAAAAAGAUUCAAACGCCCCAAACACUGGGGAAAGUACUGUACAAAGAGGCAGUAAAAGCACAGCAGUCCUCCUGGUCUUGCUGGUCGUCGUUUUGGUAAUUGGAGCGGCUAUUUUUAUACGUAAAUACACGGGAAGCAAAAAUAAAAAUAAAGAACCGGUAACGACAAACGGAAAGAACGGAGACAUCGAACAAGGACAAGAAUUGAAGCCCCUGAUGAAAGAUGGAACUAAAGCAAGCCCAGUGAAAGAAUACUCUGAAAAUUCCAAAGGAACCAAAUAUUAAUAAACCUAACUUCGAUCAUUAUCGUGUAUAUAAAUAGCGUUAAGAUUUAAAAUACAUUUAAAAUUAUUUAUAGAUUUUUUUAAGAGGUACAAUAAUAAAGUUAAAUUAUUUACUAUAACA